AUGAAUACUGCCUCGGGCGCCUUCCGAGUGGGGCAACCGAGAGGGGAGACUUCCCAACAAGUGGCCGAGGUAGGGUCGUUUAAGUCGUCUUUCCGGCCUCCUUCCCCUACUCCUGUCCGAGCUCCGAAGCCGGACCCUCGAGAUGAUAAAUCUUCAAGAUCGUCAAGCUGCAGCAGGCCGGGCUCGACCACUCAAGCUGUUCAAGCUCCUAGGUCUCCACAGACUUCGAGAUCGAGCGAGAACGCCUGGUUGAUGGGGACGAAGUCUGCCUUGCCCUCUGGUGAUGCUCUUGGAAGGGGACUCGGGACCUCCGCAACUGAGGUGAAGGUCCUUGUGAAUGAGACUAAGAUCGCACCUGUGGGGAAUGUUCAGGGGGCCCCAGUCGAGGGUGUUCAGGUUACAGAGGGGAGGGAGUCCGGCUCUGCAGAUGGCGAGUGUGUAGCGGAGGAGGUCGGGGACAAGCGUCCUGCCCCUACCGAAGUGCCUGCCCCGGUUCCCAUUCCAAAGGAGUCCUGGGCUUCUAGGAGACCGGCUCCUGUCCUCCCUCCUCUUGAGAAGAAAAAGAAUGCUCCCGUGGUGUCUCUGAUGCCUGCUUCUGACUCAAAUUUAGGGAAUAACAUGAUUUCUGAAGUUUAUUGUAGAAUACAAGAUGCGGCUCACAUAUAUAAUAUAAGGCAGAUCAUGGUAGAUUCAUGUCAGGAUUUCCUUGUUGAGAAUAGUGAAGAUGAUCAGUUUGUUGUUGAUUUUGAUGUAGAGCGCUUGUGCUAUGAGAAACAGAGAUCUGCUGCACCCAGUCAAGCUUCCGUUGAUGCUUCCCGAUGUGUGUUCCGUGAUGUUCAAAGUUCAGCUCAUAAAUAUGCAAGUAGGGACAAUGCGUUGAUGGCUAUAAUGCUUUACCGGCCUUCUUGUGCUGCUUUAAGUAAGCAAAAGAGUGACAACGCUACUGAAUUUGCCAAGUGUCAUAUCCCAUCUGUUGUCGUUGAAGGUUCUCUUUUAUCCGGCUGGAAUCUCCUUUUGAGGGUACUGGGAGGUAUGAGCCAGAGAGUGCUGGGUCUCUCACAAUCAGUAAUGUCGGCACUUUUGGCCUCUUGUCGUCCUUCAUCUGAUGAUUCAGUUUUUGGGUAUGCCCUGGCUGGGUUCUUUGUUGCUUAG